GGUUCCUCUUAACCAAUGGGGUUGACGCUAGUAACUAACCAAUCGGAGAGCGUGUGGGAAUUUCUGGAGUCGGUGAGAGGCUUCUCCUUAUUGGUGAGAAUGCGCGAUGACGUUUGGAGCGGGGGCGUGGCUUCGAAGGCGACUUUCCUCAGAGAAGCGGCCAUGGCGACGGGGGAUGGAGGCGAAGAGGAGCCGUCCUCGAGGUGGAGGGACCCCGCAGGCCCUGUGGCGCCGGCCCGGGCGAAGAGCGACCUGUCCUACUUUCACUCCCAGCAGGGGCAAUGGGACAAGAAGAGGAUGAGCAGGGAAUCACCAGUGGAGAAAAGGGGACCCUACAUCAUGAGCAAAACGCCUUCUAUUCAGGACAAACUGCAGAAGCAUCGUGAGAUGGCAAAGGCAAUGCUGAGGAGGAAGGGAGUGAUUGCGGGAGCCAUACGGCACCAACCUAAGUCAACAGCCAAAAGGUCAGUGAAGUUUAACAAAGGCUAUGCUGCUCUCAGCCAGACUGCAGAUGAAACCCUGGUGUCGCUGGAUUCUGAUAGUGAUGGGGAGUUGGAAUCACGAUGUUCCUCUGGUUACUCCUCUGCAGAGGUCAAUCAGGAUCUUAGCCGCCAGCUACUCCAGGACGGGUAUCACCUUGAUGAAAUCCCCGAUGACGAGGACCUCGACCUCAUCCCCCCUAAGCCUAUUUCAUCCUCGCCUUGUGCCUGUUGCUUUGGGGAGUCUUCCUCCUGCUCCAUCCAGUAAGAGGCGUUCUUCAGAGAGACGUCCUGCACAGGUCAAGAUAGCAGCACUUUUUCUUUCUUUUGGGGAGCGUGGAUGGCAGGCGAUGGACGCCAGCCCAACCCUGACUAAGACCAACAAGGAGAGAAAAGGGAAUUUGGUGACUGGGAGAACCAGGCAUCCCUUUGCACUGUUGGCACUUGCUCAGGGCGCCAAGUGUUCUUUCAGGGCUAUUUAUGGUGGUGCAAUAUAGAACGCUAUUAGGUGCAAGUGCUCAGGAGGCAGAGGGCCAGCACAUUAUUAGCCUUGCACUUGUGGAACGGGGCCGGGCAAUGGAGAAGUCAGAAUGAAAGAGGUCAAAUCUCCAUCUCCAGGAUGGCAAGCUAAGAUUCUUAUCUACCAAAACUUGGGUGUCCAAACAAAAAUAAAACGGCAACACUAAGGUCUGAACAAAGAGGAUCUUCCUAGUGUACUCAGGAUCCUUUCCUUUCGUGCCUGGACUAUAAUUUCUCUUAGUAUGGCGAAAUCCUUACCGGGAAGUCAUCUUGGUGUUACUGACCCAUUGGAGAGGAUUUCCAAUCUCAAUCAGCUUGAUCCAUCAUGUACCUUUUGGACUCUCAAUGCUAUCUCGGUAGCCAAAAUGGUUGCUUUUCAAUUUCUUCAAGCUUCAAAGCAAUUUAAGUGUUUACACAAACUUCUGUUUUAUCCUAAGGAUUCAGGUUUUGGUUUCAUGAAUGGAAACUUGGGAGUUGAAUUUGUAGGUUCUGUAGUAAAAGGAGAGGCCAAUUCUAUUCUCUUUCCCUGGAGACCGCACCUCUUGACAGGCUGGGGACUGUUCAGGGAAGUCACUGAAUUCAGUGUGAAGGAAGAUGGCAAAUGGCAGAUUGUUGUUGGUUGAAGUUGCUUCCUUUGUUGGAAACUUGUGCAUGUUCAGACAAGAAGUCCACCAGACCUUGGUGCUGAUAACCUCUGCUCUACAGAUGGGUGAUCAGCUGCUUGGAUCUUCUGGAAAGGCCUAAUUCUGACUUAAAGGUGCUGUUUCUCUUUACCCAUUUUGCACACAGGGGCCUGCUUUUAAAAUUUGCAGGAAAUGCAGUCCUGUCCCUGCAGAUUUAAGGAAGCUUAUAUGAGAGUGAGAACUGUCCAUUUUCCAGUUACACGCGCCUGGUAGCAAGUUGCAUCCUAUUGUUAUAACAACCUUAGAGGCUGGAUAAGUGGCUGGAUAGGUUGUGAGAGUGACUGGCACAAUGGGAAAGGGCACAACCGUCCAACAUACUGUGCGGACGGUUUUGCAACUGCGGAUUCCAGCAUCACAACACAGCUACAUGUGUGUGAUUUUGCAGCAUGCAGCUACGGAAUAAGCUCUUGGUCCCGGUGCAGGAAAUGAACUGACACUAAUUGCAGAAUCUUUCAAUGCUAUAUUAGCUUCUGUAACCAAAAAGCUGGGAGCUUAUUUUGUCCCAUGGAUGGCAAGAAGACCUACUUUAGGUCAGAUGAAGCCAGUACCUGUUUACCGUAACUUGGAUGCUGUUUUGUGGGCACCAAGGAUACAAGUGGGUCUGAAUCAGUCAUUUUUGGUGCUCCAACUUCGGGGCACCAUCCCUGGUGGAUCCACUGCCGUGGAGGCAGAUAAGUCACGCUUUCUUUUGCUAAGGUUUGUCGUGUAGUUGGACAAGUCAUGAUUUCUCCAAUCCAUUUAGGAGUUUAGCACUGAAUGAGCUUUGUUUGGAACAUCUGCAGGAUUCACUGGCCUUCCCUACAAAAUAGCAUUACAUUUCCAAUAGCAGGAAGUUCAUAAGACCUUGCACUAAUGCAGUUAUUCUGGAAUAGCGGUUCCAAGCCAAAGAUGGCAGCUGCUCCUUCCUAGAAAACAUGUGGGUAGACAUGGGAUGGAGUGGCCUCUUAGCAAAGAGAUUUAAUCCUAGACCAGCACCCUUCAUUCUUCUAAAUCAAGGGAACCUUUGGCCAUUGAGAUACUGCUGGUUACCAUUCUCAUUACUUGUGGUGGCAGAAAAGUUGAAAUCCAAAAUGUCCAUGUUGGGAGUGAGGUCUUCUCCUGAUCUUGAUUUUUUUCUAGGUAAACAAUACAGUUGGCACUUGGGAAGCUGAUGGGAAUGUGAGAAUAGUUUUAUUGGGAUACAACACUGACCAUAGCACAAAGCAGUGUUUGCCUACCACAUUAUUGGGGAAUAUUGCUAGCAAGGGGAGAUAAAAACUAUUCCAGCAUUGGAGCCUCUAGGCACCCAUAAUCUCUUGCUUUUUACUUUAUUUGGGUGUCUGAGAUGACUUUACACUUUUACUUGAUGACUUUACAAAAGUUAGAUUUUCAUAACAGAGCUGGAAGUCUUCUGACUAAAUUUAGAUGCAGGAUAACCAUGGGGAGGAUGAGCAGAGGCACUAUUGUUAGGAGAUACUGCAUCUCUGCCCCGAAUCAAGUCUUGUCAGUGAAGGAGGAAGUAUGUAUAUGUCCUUUUAUUUAUAUGGCAAUUAUAGGGAGAAGGGAGGUCAUUCUGCCCUGGAAAGGGCUUUAAAAGCUGCCUUAAAAAACUAAAUACAUUAUAUAGGAAGACAAUCCUAUUGGAGAUUUAAUAUUAUUGUAUGUAUAGAGAACUAUGGAGUUUUUUGUUUUGGUACAUUCUAAGCAAGGGAAACGUAUAUCAAUAAACUUCUACCUUGUA